GAUGGAUCAUGUGAUCAGAACGUUGAUGAGGAAAUAGAAUGCUCUGUAUUGGAAUUAACAGCAGUCGCCAGUGAAAGGCAGGGAUGACAUAACAGGCAGGACUGAACAUGGCCAGAACGUGUUAGAAAGGGCAGGGGAUGAUGUCAUAGCACUGAGAGACAGAGAGAGGGACUGAUUGCCAUAUAAACCUAAAACAGGUGUGACAAGGGCAGGCAAGCUAACACUAAUCCCCACUCACCGGCUGCCCAGUGAAAUCACACAAGUAAUUGGAUUUAUUUGUAUUUUAGAACCACCCUGGAAAGCAGAGAGGAAGUGAGAGAACGCAGGGGGAGGAGGAAAAAAGGGCUGCAAAAGCAAAACACCACAACUACUACCGACAAGCAGAGCAGCAGUAACAGGAGGCUGGGAAUGGGGUGUCUCACCUGCACCUAUGCUCUCUCCAUCCUAACAGCACUGAGCCUCAUCCUCCUGGGGACCUGCACCAGCGGCCAACACACAGACAGUAAGUGGAUCAUGCACAGUAAUUAGAAUUGUAUUAUUUGUGUGUUGAUUCAGUAAACUGUAUUUGGCUCUCUGCACUUUCUCCUUUCACUUUGAAAGGUAGAACAUACAAUGUAUCUAUUAAUGUCUUCACUUCCAGAGCAGUGUUCUAUCUUUUUAUUUCCCUCAUAUAUUGGUAAUGCCAUCUUUUUAGACCGAUGUGAUGCACGUUAACCCUUUAAUCCCUUAAGGACACAUGACAUGUCAUGAUUCCCUUUUAUUCCAAAAGUUUGGUCCUUAAAGGACCACUAUAGUGCCAGGAAAACAUACUCUUUUUCCUGGCACUAUAGUGCCCUGAGGGUGCCCCCACCCUCAGGGACCCCCUCCCGCCCGGCUCUGAAAGGGGGAAAGGGGUAAAAACUUACCUUUUUCCAGCGCUGAGCAGGGAGCUCUCCGCCUCCGAUCCGCCCUGUCGGCUGAAUGCACACGCGCGGCAAGAGCUGCGCGCGCAUUCAGCCAAUCCCAUAGGAAAGCAUUAUCAAUGCUUUCCUAUGGACGCUGGCGUGCUCUCACUGUGAAAAAUCACAGUGAGAAGCACGCAAGCGCCUCUAGUGGCUGUCAAUAAGACAGCCGCUAGAGGCUUUGGGGGAAGGCUUAACCCAUUGAUAAACAUAGCAGUUUCUCUGAAACUGCUAUGUUUAUAUAAAAAAAUAAUUUAAAAAAUGGGUUAGCCCUAGCUGGACCUGGCACCCAGACCACUUCAUUAAGCUGAAGUGGUCUGGGUGCCUAGAGUGGUCCUUUAAGGGGUUAAACACCACAGGUGUGUUUAUUGCUCUUAUAUCAGUAUUCUGGUUAAUUUAAAUAAGUGAGGUGAGCAGAUUAUUUGUCUUGCCUUAUAUAAGUGUUUUUGUGAUGUUUUCUGUCAAACUGAAGUGCUGUUUGACCUGAGUAGUCUUAUCUAGCCCCAUAUAUCCUAAAACUAAUAUUACAUCAACUGACUGGAUGUGGUAAAAUUCAUGUGAGGUUUUUUUUGAAGAAUCCAUUUUAUUUCUCUCCUCCUGUUUCAUUACCUCUUAAGUGGUCAAACCACAAACCCCUCUUAUAACUUUUGAAUGUCUUUUAGACUAUUCUAACUUCCUCAUUCGUUCUAUAAAAGUGUAAGGGGAGAGAGAGAGAGAGAGAGAGAGAGAGAGAGAGAGAGAGAUAUCUCUCUCUAUACAUUUUUUAAAAAAAAAUAUUUUUUUUUUUUUGUGCUCCUGUAAGUAUAGAGAGAAAAUAAGCACUUUAACUCCAAGUGAUGGAGCAGUGAAUAGAGGAGGCACAUACUGCAAAUAGUCACAGAACAUGAUAGUCUCAGCCCAAGAGAGUGCACAGUUACAAUGAUAAAGCAGAGGUAUGAUUAAUUACACUGAUACCCUACUGUAGUAUGGAAGGACUGCAGGCAGUGUCAAACCAAAUUCGUAAAUGGUCUCCACAUAUUUAUAAUGUACUUUGAUAAGAGGAAGUGAAUGAAUGGUAUUGGUGCCAAAAAUGUAAAUAUUUAGCUUCUCUAUUUCUUUUUUCCUGUGUGUUUGUCUUCAUCUUCUGUUUCUCUGGGAAAUGAUCACAUGAUAGAACCAUCAAACAUUUCUCAAUAAGCACUUAACCUAUGUACUAUUUUAAAGGGACACUCCAAACCCCUGAAGUGCUUUGUGUGAAGUGUGACUUCCUUUAUUAUUUUUAAAGAGAGUGCAGAUUUCAAUAGACAUUGCCACUUUCAUAAAUUAACCUUGUUAAACGCCACUGGCUGUCAAUAAGACAACAGGUUCUAUUACUUCCUGGUUUGGUUAGCACAGUGGAGCUAGACUUAAGAGGCAGCAAUUGCACUGAGCACCUGCUUUUGCAAAGACUUUUCAUUGAGUUUAAUUGUGAAGUCGGCGAUUGGACAGUCACAGAAAGUCUAGGAUGGGGAAGAAGGGGACAGCUUACAAAAGCUACAGAUUGUCUGCAAUUGCUGCCUGGAGUUUUACUCGUCUGAGUAGCAGGAAUGGUUGUCUUAUUAUAAGCCAGGGGGUGUAACAAGGUUAAUUUAGAAGAGUGACUAUUUAUUUCUGUGAUUCUGCGAUUUUUAUAAAAUAAAUGAGGGCUGAGGGGGCACAACCUUUGCCCGAAUAAAGCACUUGGGCAUGCUGAAGUCCUCUAGGGAUCUUGAGUGUCACUUUAAAACACUUGGUUUUUAGGACUACAUUGUUAAUGCAUCACAUUGACAAACAAAAAGCCCUGUGCUAUUUUGGGUGCAAAGUUCUAAAUAUUUAAUGUUCUAUUGAUUUUGGCAGUUGUUUUAAAAAGGCACUUGUUUUUGCCUUGCUAACCCUUUCCUUUGUCCUUUUUGGCAGUCAGUCACCCCAUUGCAGCUAAUCUGGUCUGUAUUCACUGGUAGAACAUUCUAUCUAAUGUGAUCAUACUUGAGCGCCAUGUGAUUUUCAUAACUGAUGUGGAUACAAUUUGCUACCUAAUUCAUGUAUAAUUUAUUGUUUAAUAUAAAUUAAGUUUUCUUGUCUUAAUAUCUUCAUUUUCGUUUUCUCCUUGUAUGUGUAAUAGCUGUUUUUAAAAGAGCAAGUCACUUGAAAAUGGACGAGGCCUUCCUGUUGAUUCACAAUGAAUUAAAAUCUGAGAAAUUUGAGGUCUUUUGGCUUUCCGACCAGUGCUUCCAGGUACUAAUAUAAAAUAUAGUUUGUGUAGUGGGGGGAGGAGGAGGUUCCAUUCAUGUUCUUUUCCUUUCUAACAGACAUAUUGUUAAAUGUCUGGUUGUACAAGAACAAGUGGGACUUUUGGGCACACUACAACCCACGCAUCCAUCUUAUUGUAUAUUUUCUUGCUUGUGCCCUAUCUCUUCAUACUACCUGUUUGCAAAUGAUGGUCUGAAGUCAGUAAGUGGGUUUUGUCAUCCGUGGUCAAAUGUAGACCCAAAGGAAACAUAGUUUGGCUUUCUAUUCAGCUUUUCCGUGUCCACUUGAGUUGACUUGGCUAGAUAUUUAAUGGACGUUUUUGGCAUUGAGUGAAUUGGAGGGGGUAUCUAAAUCUUAACCACAAUUUAAUAUCUAAGAAAGUCAUCCAGACCAUUGUAUCGCAAAGUGGUGGUGUGGGUGCAGUGGUCCUUAAGUUUUUAACCCUGCAAUGUAAGUGUUCCGUUGCUUACAUUGCCAGGGUUAAAUACACCUUUAGUAGCUUAGAGGCACUUCUGCUUUAAGAACAGUCAAACUCUCGUCCACCAACAGUCCAGAAUUUCUAUAUUUCCAGUUUUUAUAUUUAUAUAUAUAUAUAUAUAUAUAUAUAUAUAUAUAUAUAUAUAUAUAUAUAUAUAUAUAUAAUGUGUGUGUGUGUAUAUAUAUUUAUUUAUUUUUUUCUUUUUUAAACCAUGGAGAUACUGACGACAAAACCUGGACUGUUAAUGGGUUUUGAGGACUGGUUUGGGAUACAAUGCCUUAACAAAGUUAUAGUCAAUCAGCCCACACAGGUUUGUGUUUCCCUCUUGCACAAAGUAAGUUCAUGUGAAGAGUGGUAUUUUAAAAUUAAAUACAUUUAAAAAAAUCAAUGGGCCUGGAGCUACAGCUCCUUUAGCCACUAUGUUAAUCCAGCCCUGACUGUAAGGGGUCAAACAACAUUCUCUAAAGAUAAGGAGAUCUAUCAGAUGAGUGGCAGAAGCUCCAAUGCUUUCAGCUUCCAUUAGCUGUCCAGAGCCAAGGCCUUCAUUGCAGUGUGUGUGUGUGUGUGUGUUUUUUGUUUUUUGUUUUUUUUCUUUGCGCUAAUCGCCCUCAGGCAAUGAGCUAAGCCCUGCACCAGGAAGGUAAUGCUUUUAGUGGAAGUAGGGAUUUAUUUAAACAUUAUAUAAAUCAACGCUGCUACAGCAACUGAAUAAUAGAACACUAUAACAUAUUACGGAGUUCUAUAACAAAGUUUAACUUAAACAUUCCAGCCACACUAGUGGUUUUUAAUGCCAGGAGUGCACUGACACUCUGUGUAAGUAGCCAAACCAUUUAAGAAUAGUUUGACAACUUUUCUGGACCCUGCCAUGCACUAGCGGACCCUGCUUACAAAUUGCAGGGGAAUCAAUUGAGCUAAGCUGGGAUGUUAAUGGCUGCUCUCAUUGGCUGAGAGCAUUUGCUGGGUGUGGCCCUUUAUUGAGCCGUGCUUAACUUAGGGGAGACAGCCCGCUUCUAUGGUUAAAGAAGCAGUAUGCUGCACAGGGGAGCCAGGCACAUUGUCAAACUGGUAUUAAGUUAAUCUGGGAAGGCUCCGGACCACUCCUGACUCUGUAACCACUACAACAGGCUGUAGUUGUUAUGGUGCAUGGAGUGUUUCUUAAUAUUCAAAGCUGGGUGCAACUUGUAGCUACAGAGCACCUCCCAAUGCUUUAAAAUGUUUCUAUAGUUCUUGAUUUUCUUUUGAGUUGCUAAUUUUUAUUUAAACUCUUCUUUAUUUCCUAUUUGACCAGUGCGUGUAUGUUUAUAACUUGUAAUUCACCUACACUAUGUUGGACGUUCCCAAAAUGAAAUUACCCCUGUUUAAAGUAAGGUGUACGAAUUUCUGGUAUUUUAACGACUCCAAUUAUUAGACCCUCCCAAAGACACAUGAUUACAGGAUUAAUGUAACACAAAAUUUCACACGUUUACAUACUACAAAUAUGUCUUUUUUUUUUUUUCUCAUACAUCUGCUUUUCUUGAUACAUAUAUUUCACAACCUUGUGAUCUGUAUUAUUCCAGAAUUCUAUGUGUAUUAAUCUCUAUUUUCCUAACAGUGUGCAUACCAACCUCUAGUUCAUGUAAGGAAAGAAAAUGUGAGUACAGUAGUGGACGCAAGACACCCUCUCACUCUACAGAUCAAUGAGACCUCCACGAACAGAGUGCUUUGUAGGUGGGUAUGAUAACAGAUCUAUUUAUUUUAGUUUUUAUAAAAAAUAAAAAAAAACCUACUUGCAGCUCCCUUCAUUAGGAAGAGCGGUCCAGUAGGAGCAGGAGUUAAUGGGAUGAGAAUUAGGUCCAUAAGGAGUGGUUUCACUCGCCAUGUAGGAUGAGUGGUUAUGUUCUUUAAAUAAGUUGGUUCCCAAAGCAGUCCUCACAAUUGGUUCAUGUUAUUUCAGUAUCUCCUCAGAAUAGAAAUUGAGAAAUAACCACAUAAAUCAUUAAAUGUUGCUGGGCUACGAAGACCACAGGUUUAGGAACAACUGCUCUAAAUUGAUUAGACCUAUACCACCGCAGUUACAGCUCGGUUCACUGUUUAGAGAUUGGCAAAGCCAUGGUCCUUAGCUCCACUGUAUUUUACAUGGGGAGGGAAGAGAGCUUGGUCUGAGUUGUCCACACAGAUUACGCAGUCUUGGAGCAACUGUAAUUCCUUUCAACAAAAACUUCAUAUUUCUAUUGGUGAUGUCUGCUCCCACACUCUAACCUCAAUAUAUAGUACAAAGUUCAAAUGUCACGAUUCAUUUUUUUUUAUUUUAUUUUUUAACAGUAUACACUACACUUUCCGAGAAUUUGGGAAUUAUUCCGUGUGGGUGAAAGCGAGCCCUGCAGACCACAACAACAUAAGCUGUGAUAUCAUUAUUGAUUAUAAUCCUGUCUACAGCUACCUUCGUAAGUUGUGUUUGGGGGGGUUUCUUUGUGUGUGUGUGUGUGGGGAAGGGUGUGUGUGUGUGUGUGUGUGUGUGUGUGUUGUUUUUUUUUUUUUUGAGGAGGAGAAGAGAAAUUCCACUGUGUAUUUUUACUUUCCUCACUCCUCAGGGUAGUAGGGAAUGCUGUAUAAAGGACAAUAAAGUGUUGAGGGCUAUCUAGAAUCUGUGCUAUGAGCUGCUCGGAAAUGAGCCAUAAACGUGAGUGAGCCAUAAUUUUCAAAUGUGUAUCUAAAAAGCACUGCCUUUAAUCCAGAUUUAAAUGCAUCCGGGCAACUGUUGCAAAUUUGCUUAGGUUAUCAAAUUCAGACCAGAUUUGGCUUUAGUAAAAAUGAGCUUUGACAUUGCGCUUGGGAUUUAGCUGUCUUUCACUGGAUUGUGUCCACCUAGACAAAAUCGAACUCUGUAAGAAGAUAUGAUUGCUCAAUGCUUUUAUAUUAGACAGGAGCGUAGAUCUUUAUCGUGUUGGGCUGGAGGCCACUUUGCAGGUCUGAGAGAGGCUGCAUAUUAUUUCUUUGAACCUGACACUAUUCUAGUUCUUGUGGGGGAGGGAAAUAAAAAAAAAAAUAUAUAUAUAUAUAUAUAUAUUUAAUGGUAGCCUAAAGCGGGAGUGGCUUAUCAGAGCAAAACAACUAUCAAAUCUUUGUGCAUUCUUUUCAGUUUCUACAAGGUUUGUUCCUUGUUUUGCUCUGACCCAGAGUAACUCCUGUUUUUUGCAUUUGAUAAACCUUUUUAUUCUUAAAGGUUCCUAAGCAACAAUAUUUGAGAAACGUGUGUGUGUGUGUGUAUGUAAGAUAAGAUCUUCGCUGCUGGGGUUCGAUUACAGAUUAAUAUCCCAAUUUGGUUAAAACCAGAGCUUCCAGCCCCUGCUGUGAGAAAUGUGGUUUGUAAGUAACUUGUAUGCGUUUUUUCAUAUUAUGCAAGAUGGUUAGCUUUGCUAUAAAUUUUAUCUUACUUUCCCAUAAUGAACAUAUUAAAGGCAUUUAUUUAUUUUUUACCUUUUUUUUUUUUUUUCAUUUAGCAAUCAUCGUAGCUUUUCUUGUAUACCUGGGCAUCUUCUGCGUUUUUUAUCUGGUAUCUUGCAUUUUCAGGUAAGGAAGCCCUGUUAUCCCAAAUUGUUUAAGAAUAAUAGCAGAAACAUUUAUUUGUAGAGCAAGCAUAAUCUUCUAGCUCUGGUAGGCUUUCAAAUCUCUAAGUACUAAAAUUGGCUCUGAACAUCAUGUGCAAAUGCAUAUUUUCAUAAAAGCCAAUGUAAUUUGGUUACGUGAGCAGCUCCCACCCCCCACCCCUGCCUGUCUUAAAUACAUUGUGUUUUGUCACUGUGUGUGUAUAGUACAAAAAGGUGACAAAAUUAUCAGUGUUGUAACUAAUGUGACUUUAACACCGCAAAGUAGGUUACAAAAUAUCUGUGUAAAACCAUUGUUAGCAGUCCAGUGAUGAAGGAAAUGCCAUUUAGGUGCAUUGUGGAGAACUGUUCGACACAUUGUAUUCUCCUAUACAUAAACCUCUUGAUACCUGGCUCGUAUCCCCUCCUUCCACUCAGGAGAGGGGAUUGGAGUGUUUUACACAUGACCCAUCUUAGAGAAGGCACAUUAAAACAAACAUUUUAAAGCAGUGCUCAACAAAUUCCAUGGUGCCAGGAAGUCAAGGGACUAGAAAUUUUGCCCUGGGAUCUGUCUGCCCUUUACCAGCUGGGCAAACAAUGGGGCUGCCCACCCUGGAGAGCAUGGUGGCGGUCGGCUCAUGGAGCGUUAUAGCCGGCCGCUCUGGGGAGCAUGGAGGCGGCAGGCUCGGACAGCGCGCGAGGGAGCAGUCUACCUGCAGCUUCUCUGCUCAAUAUAGUGAUGCCGUAAUAUGGCAUCAUUCCAGCACCGGUUCUACUACAGAGAGAAAUUAGAAUGGGAGACGGUGUGCGCACGCGGGUGUCUGUCUCUGUGUGCCUGUCUAGGUACCUGCCCCCCUCCGAUCAUGAGAAGUGUGGUGUGUGUUUUUUUUUUUUUUUUACUCCCCUUUUUUCCAAUGCUGUGCCUGUCUCGCCACAGCUUGUCCUCCCUCCAUAGUUUAGAUCAUCAAUCUUUAUGAUCUCAGCUAAGCCAGUGCUUUUCUAUAGGAAAGAAUUGGGAGGAUAUUGUGCAUGUUAUCUAUGGGUAACAUUCAGCGCCUCCAUACUGACACAGGACUCGAUUGGCCGUCUGAGUGACUGUCACUAGAGGGCUUGGUAGGCACCAAUGUAAACACUGCCUUUUUAAAGAAACUGCUGCAUUUAAAUUGAAAAGGGCUAUAGGUACCAUAACUACAUUAAUUUGUAGUAGUUCUAGUGACUAUAGUUCCCCCCCCAAAGAGGCUCCUAACUUUUUUUUUUUUUUUUUCUGGCUUAUUGAUUCCAAGCAAAUUUGUCAAGCCUUGCUUUAAAUUGCUAAACCAUUAACUGUAAAUUAGCAUUUCCUGGUUUCAUCCGCCUCUGGAGCUGACGACUAAAAUAAUACCUUGAAUUACCAUGUCUAUCUGGAAUAAUGGGGUGGGGAGGCCCUAAUUUGUCACCCACCCAACUAUGCAGGUUGGAAGCAGUGGCUUUUCUUCUCCAAGAUCUGCCUGUCUCUGCUGACCGGUGGUAACCUGUGACUCAACAUGUCAGCAAAGUUAUUUCCCACCCCCCCCCCUCCAUGCAAUGACUGUUGGAUUUCAUUGCCAAAACUCCUUUUUUGUUUUAACGUUUGUGUGUGUGUGUGUGUGUGUCUGUGUGUUCCCCAGUGUGAUCAUACAGCUACCUGAUCUACUUUCUUCUCAAAUGGUCAAGGCUGACAGCCUAUUAAUGGCUGAUAUACAGGGAGUGCAGAAUUAUUAGGCAAGUUGUAUUUUUGAGGAUUAAUUUUAUUAUUGAACAACAACCAUGUUCUCAAUGAACCCAAAAAACUCAUUAAUAUCAAAGCUGAAUAUUUUUGGAAGUAGUUUUUAGUUUGUUUUUAGUUAUAGCUAUGUUAGGGGGAUAUCUGUGUGUGCAGGUGACUAUUACUGUGCAUAAUUAUUAGGCAACUUAACAAAAAACAAAUAUAUACCCAUUUCAAUUAUUUAUUAUUACCAGUGAAACCAAUAUAACAUCUCAACAUUCACAAAUAUACAUUUCUGACAUUCAAAAACAAAACAAAAACAAAUCAGUGACCAAUAUAGCCACCUUUCUUUGCAAGGACACUCAAAAGCCUGCCAUCCAUGGAUUCUGUCAGUGUUUUGAUCUGUUCACCAUCAACAUUGCGUGCAGCAGCAACCACAGCCUCCCAGACACUGUUCAGAGAGGUGUACUGUUUUCCCUCCUUGUAAAUCUCACAUUUGAUGAUGGACCACAGGUUCUCAAUGGGGUUCAGAUCAGGUGAACAAGGAGGCCAUGUCAUUAGAUUUUCUUCUUUUAUACCCUUUCUUGCCAGCCACGCUGUGGAGUACUUGGACGCGUGUGAUGGAGCAUUGUCCUGCAUGAAAAUCAUGUUUUUCUUGAAGGAUGCAGACUUCUUCCUGUACCACUGCUUGAAGAAGGUGUCUUCCAGGAACUGGCAGUAGGACUGGGAGUUGAGCUUGACUCCAUCCUCAACCCGAAAAGGCCCCACAAGCUCAUCUUUGAUGAUACCAGCCCAAACCAGUACUCCACCUCCACCUUGCUGGCGUCUGAGUCGGACUGGAGCUCUCUGCCCUUUACCAAUCCAGCCACGGGCCCAUCCAUCUGGCCCAUCAAGACUCACUCUCAUUUCAUCAGUCCAUAAAACCUUAGAAAAAUCAGUCUUGAGAUAUUUCUUGGCCCAGUCUUGACGUUUCAGCUUGUGUGUCUUGUUCAGUGGUGGUCGUCUUUCAGCCUUUCUUACCUUGGUCAUGUCUCUGAGUAUUGCACACCUUGUGCUUUUGGGCACUCCAGUGAUGUUGCAGCUCUGAAAUAUGGCCAAACUGGUGGCAAGUGGCAUCGUGGCAGCUGCACGCUUGACUUUUCUCAGUUCAUGGGCAGUUAUUUUGCGCCUUGGUUUUUCCACACGCUUCUUGCGACCCUGUUGACUAUUUUGAAUGAAACGCUUGAUUGUUCGAUGAUCACGCUUCAGAAGCUUUGCAAUUUUAAGAGUGCUGCAUCCCUCUGCAAGAUAUCUCACUAUUUUUGACUUUUCUGAGCCUGUCAAGUCCUUCUUUUGACCCAUUUUGCCAAAGGAAAGGAAGUUGCCUAAUAAUUAUGCACACCUGAUAAAGGGUGUUGAUGUCAUUAGACCACACCCCUUCUCAUUACAGAGAUGCACAUCACCUAAUAUGCUUAAUUGGUAGUAGGCUUUCGAGCCUAUACAGCUUGGAGUAAGACAACAUGCAUAAAGAGGAUGAUGUGGUCCAAAUACUCAUUUGCCUAAUAAUUCUGCACUCCCUGUAAUUUUUUUAUUUUUUUAUAUGGUCAAACUCUUUGAUACAAAGUAAAUUGUGCUUACAAGCCUUCAAAUAUAUCAAAAACCAAGAAGGUGCUGCACAUGAGUAUAAAAAUAAGUUACUGCCAGUCUCGCUAAUAGAGGUCAGCAAUCAAAAUUCAUAGGCUUCACAGCGUGGUGAUAUUUAGAUUUAUUUGGAUGAAUAUCAUUGCUGAUUUUAAGACCUUCGCAACUUCCGUCAACAUUAAGGCUUGAUGUUGUUUUUUUUUUUAUUCUGUCAUCCAAAUUUCAUUAUUAAUAGCACCAUGCUGUGAAGACUAUAGACUUUGAUUGUAGCUGUCAAAUAUAUAUAUAUUUGUUUUUAUAUUUUUUUUUUUCAGGAAAAAGAUGGAUAUUUGCCACAUGAACUAAAAAAAAAAAAAAAAUUAUAUAUAUAUUAUAAAAAAUAUUUUGUGUGUAAUAUCAAAUGGCUAAAGUGGUGGUGGGGGUUACGGGGGGGGUUAUUUGUUUUGGUUUUCUCUUCACCCAACACUUCUUCUUGGUAAUGAACUUUGUAUAAUGUAUUCUUACAGACUCGACAGUGUCCGGAAUUGGCUAUGCAAAAAAAUGAAUCCAGUUGAAACAGACCGACUCAUUAAUUCUGUGAGUUUAAUUUACUACACAUGUUUAUAUGGCAGAGGAAUGGGUUUUUUUACAGUACAAAUCAUGAAGAUGUGUGUGUGUGUGUGUGUAUGUGAGUGCUCUCGUUUUUUGCUUUUUCUAUAUUGACACAGAGAAGCACCUUGGUAUUUAUAACUUUUCAACAUUUUUGGGCAGAGUGCCAGAGUUUGGAGAUAGAGAUAUAUCUCCAUCCUCCAUCCUCCAUCCUCCAUCAUCUCUCUGCCCAAAAAUGUUGAAAAGUUAUAAAUACCAAGGUGCUUCUCUGUGUCAAUAUAGAAAAAGCAAAAAACGAGAGCACUCACUGGAUUUAACAAAAUUGCUUAUAUUAAAUAGUGAACAUACCAAUCAACGUUUCGACCGUCUCGCGGUCUUUAUCACAUCUUGAUAAAGACCGCGAGAAAGUCGAAACGUUGAUUGGUAUGUUCACUAUUUAAUAUAAGCAAUUUUGUUAAAUCCAGUGAGUGCUCUCAUUUUUUGAUAUAUAUAUAUAUAUAUAUAUAUAUAAUAUUUUUAUAAAAAAAAUUUUUAUUUUUUUUUUUUUUAUAUUCUACUUUUUCAGACCCAUCCACUCUGCCCCAAUUAAUUAUAUAUGUUUGUUUACAUAAUGUGUGAAGGCUUAUUUGCUAUAAUUUUCCUCUACAGCACACUUCCUUUCUUUAACUCUUGUUUUCGGUUAGUGCAGAACCUGCUCUCUGUAUUUUCUGACCCACCCGUCUCUGGCUUGUAGGGCUCUCAUAUUAUGGAACUGCAAGUUCGCUUUGGGGAAGCUGAUUGAAAGACUUCUAUCUCCGAUGUUUGUCUUUAGAUGAAGUUAUAGAAAAGAGUGUUUGUUUGUUUUUGUUUUUUUAAACUUUAUUUUAAUUUUUUUUUUUUUUUUUAUUUAAUUUUUUUAUUCUUGUUUUUACUGUUCUAGGAGUUGGGAUCCCCCAGUAGGGCAGACCUCUACCAAGAAUUCCAUUCAGCAACUUCCAAUAGACUACGUUCGCUCGACACAUUCAGAGGGUAAAAUGCACAUUCCUGCUGGCGAUUUAUUUAUAAUGAAACUUUAAUUUUAUUUUUAAUGAAACAAGGAUGGUGUUGGGGAUGGGAUACUUUAAGAAAAAGGGGUGGGAGGUUUAGAUUAUGGAGCUAUAAUUAAAAUAAAAUGUGACCAGUUUAAAAAAAAAAAAAAAAAUUCUAUUCCAACUUGCAUGUAAUAUAGGAAAGUGCUAGUUAAGUUAUGAGUACUUUUUUUUUUUUUUUUUUUUAACAUGCAUUUUUCACCUUUUUAUUUGUAGGCUUGCUCUUAUAAUCAUGGUGUUUGUUAAUUAUGGUGGAGGAGGCUACUGGUUCUUCAAACAUCAGAGCUGGAAUGGUAAAGUGUGACUUUUACCAUUUUUAUUGUUGAAUUGUAAACUUAUCGUGCCUUGCUAACUAUUGCCACAUUUAAGGGAUACUGUAAGCGCCAUUCAAACUUAUCUUAAUGAAGCCAUUUUGGUGUGUAACUCAUGCCCCUGCAGACUCACUGCUCAAUCUUUUGCUAUUUAGGAAAAAUCACUUUUUGGAGACAAAACUAAAACUGUGAUUCUUCUCAGUUCUCAAGCUCCUCUUGUGCUGUUACAGAGAAGGUAAUUCAAUUUCUAUAUUAGACUGAUUGCACCCAAAAGGGCAGUCCUGAUUCCUUUUCAGCUUUGUUAGGCCUCACCAGUAAGGUAUAGCUGAUACGCCUCACUGGUGAGGUCCAAAGAAGAUCUGAAACAAUAGCCAAGAAUUCCUGUAUCUCUUGUGCAGACGGCUUGCUAUCAUUUCAAAUAUGGGUGGGAUUAGCCUGAAAUGCAAAUGAUACAGGUUCUCUUUGUAGUGUCAGACAGUGGAAACACAUUUGAGACCAAAGUCUCAAAUAACAAGCUUCGGAGUUUCUCUUAACUCUUGCCCGUUCUCAUAUAAAAAAUUUUUUUUUCGUUUCAGUUCAAUGACUCUUGUUCAUGUUGCCAUAAUCACACCUUACCUGGCUGUGACUCACACAGCCUCCAGGAGAGUCUUAUUUUCUUAUUUCGAUAAUGACAGACUGUGUAAAAUUCUGCUAUUUAGUAGUCAAACUGUACAGCGAUUUAAUCUGCUUCUACCUUUUGCAUCGUGUCAUGUCCUAUAAACUGUCCCUUUUUGUGAUGGCUCAUGGGAACAGGAAUAAGGUUAAAUUAAGAACCUAUUGGGCCUCGUGUUGAUCACUAUGAUGGGCCUAACUACAGAAUCUUAUCGACCAAAAACACAUACAAUCAUACCUCCAAGUGUCUUGUAUCUGGUGGAGGCAGGGCCGGACUGGGGAUACGAAGCAGCCCUGGAAAAAAAAAAAUCUAUUCCAGCCCCAUAAGUCAUUGUGCUAUGUAGGGUGUGUAAGGACUAAUAUUUUCUAUUAGAAGAAGGAAUAAAAAAAAAAAAAAAAAAAUGUUUGUCUCUGUCCUCUAUUCUCUGUUCAGGGUAAUUAAAUUAUACAGUAAAGCAUACUCAGACACAGACAAUCUUACUGAUUCACACAAAUAGGCUCAUUGACAGACAACUUCACUGUCACACACACGCUCACUAACACACACGGUCACUACAGAAGAGCUCACUGACACACAUACAAGCUCACUCACUAGCAGGCACACACACAAAUUUACUAGCAGGCGCGCGCACACACACACACACACACACAGGCUCCCUCACGAUCUGAUGCGCGCGCGCGCACACACAGAGAAGCGCUCUCUCACUAGCAGAUGCACGCGCAGGCAGCUGCACGCACACACAGACUCACACACACAGGCCGGCAGUCACUUACACAAACACACCCACAGAGGCCGGCAGAGUCAGUCUCUCACACACACACACACCCACACCCACACCCACAGAGGCCGGCAGUCACUCACACACACACAUGCCGGCAGUCACUUACACACACACACACACACACCCACACCCACAGAGGCCGGCAGUCUCUCUCUCUCACACACACACACACACACACACAGGCGACGGGUCUCUCCACGCACACACUUUUACACCGCACACACACACAGACGGCCCGGCAGUCUCACUCACACAGAGGCCAGCGGUCUCACACACACACACACACAGGCCGGCAGUCUCACGCACACACACACACACGAAGACAGGCCGGCAGUCUCACCACACACGCACGCACACACACACACGAACCCGAGGCCGGCGGUCUCACACGCACACACACACACACAGACGGGCGACGGUCUCACACACACGCACGCACACCCGCGCUGACAGUCUCACACACACACACACGCACACACACACACACGGGCCCGGCGGUCUCACACACACACACACACGCACACACACACACACACAGGCGGGCGAGUGCUCCACACACGCACACACACGCACACACACACACACACACACACAGGAGGCUGGCAGUCACACACACACACACACAGAGAGGCCGGCAGUCACACUCACACAGGCCGACACCCACACACACACACACACACACACAGAGAGGCUGGCAGUCACACACACACACACACAGAGAGGCCGGCAGUCACACUCACACAGGCCGACACCCACACACAGGCAGUCACACUGACCUGCUUCUUACUUCCACAUCCCUUGGAGCUCCUGGAGGCUGGUUGUUGGGGAAGCAGGGAUUCCUUCCUGCUUCCCAUGAAGCAGUUACCAGAGCCGCACGAUAGGUUCCACCCCCGCCAAUUUUAUUUUUUUCAAUUCCGGCCGGCCACGUGUGAGCUGUGCCGGCCGCCUGGUUCCCCCUGCCCCCAUGGGGUCCUGUGCGGCCGCACAGCUCACACGUAAAAAAAAAAAAAGCUCCUGGUAUGUAGUCUGGGACAGAGGAAAAAAUGGGUAUAGUGCAUAUAGAAGAGAAAGGGCAUGCCACAAUAUUGGGUUAAGCUGACUUUGCACAUUGUGCAAAUGCUCUUGCUGCUUCGGUCUAAAUUGCUAGCCAGUCAACAAGUUUUACCCCCUUACAUCCCUAUUAAAGGGACACUAUAAUCACCAGAAUCCUUGGUUUAGUGGUGGUUAUAGUAUGUUCCCGCAGGCUUUUCGAUGUAAACUGUAUCUUUUCAGAGAACAGGCAGUGUAUACACUGCUGCCUACAAACACCUUGUGGCAGUCACACGGCCACUAGAAGUGCUUCUUGGUCUAGUGCAUCACUGGUGUUCACCGUCCCCACGCAGAUAUCCUCUCAAUGAGCCCCUGUGUUAAUCCUGCUAAUUGGGUGCAUAUAGCACAUUGCAUGCAAGGUUUCUGAACAAUUCCCUCAGUCUUGUGGAAUAUGUCUGAUAGUGUGUGUGCGCACAUUAUCUAGUUGAAGGAAAGAAACUAUUGGUGUAAGAAUGGCAGCUUAACUAGAUGUCCAUGAAUCCAUAUAGAAGUGUGUAAGAAGAAUUCUGCACUAACGAUAUCUGCUUAAAGGACCUUUUUUAUUUUGCUUAUUCUUUCUAGGCUUAACGCUUGCAGACCUGGUUUUCCCUUGGUAAGUACUCCAGGCAUCCAAUCUCACUUCCUGAAUAAAGGCCUCAAACCAGGUGUAUAAACUGCUACCUGAUGAGUGUAACCAUUCAAAAUGGGCUUCCAAGUGGUUGGGGUAAAGGGUGGGAGCGUAGAAGAAACGGAGAGUGGCACCAGGCUGACCCCAGGUAUGAAGUCAUACAGUUGCCAAACAGUCUGACUACUUAAAUUUAGAAGGGGAAUAUCCGGGCACUCUUGCCACCAUAACAGUAUGCUGUAGUAGUUAUGGUGCAUGGAAUGUCACUUUUUAAAACUGAUGGUCUCUGACUGGUCAGCAUUAGAAGAACAUGUAGGCUACAAUAUGUAUUUAACCACGGCCUUUAUUAGAAUUCCAAAUGCUUACUGGAUUUUUAUUUUUAAAGCCUACUCUGCUUAUUUUCUCAUUUUCCAACUGCUGCGUUCUGAUACAUGGCUACUGUCCUCUGCAGGUUUGUGUUUAUCAUGGGAACCUCAAUUUACCUGUCUUUGAACUCCAUGCUGCGUAAAGGCAACACCCGGUGGAAACUGUUUGGGAAAGUCGUAUGGAGGAGUAUUCAGCUCUUCCUCAUUGGGUUAUUUGUCAUAAAUGAAAACUACUGCCAUGGUCCUUGUAAGCAACUUUAUGUGUGGUGUGGGGGGUGUGUGUGUUUUUUUUUGUUUUUGUUUUUUUUAAUUAUACUUAAACCACAAAUCUGUGGAUUACUGAAGUAGAUUGUAAUGAGCAUUUUGCAUACAGUGGACUUUUUUUAAAACAGUCCUGGUUUAAAAAUAGAGGCCCUAUUUACUGGAAGAAUCUUUGAUUUGUAAGUAUGAGCAGAUCAUCUGACAUUGAAUGUAAACAAACGUUAAAUGUAUUCUAUUUCCAAUGUAUAAUCUACUAUCUCGAACAACAGAUGGAUGUUUGUAGAGCUAGGCAAAUUGAUUCAUUGUUUAUUUCCUGACUGUAAAAGGCUGGUAGAGCCUUGCUGGUUGAGAUACUAGCUUGAAAAGAAAUGAGUGUCGUCUGUGACUGUCUGCAUGAAGAAUUCAAAGGUUGAGGAAGGUGUCAUAAAAUAAGAAAUGUUGGUUCUGUUUGUUCACGGCAAAAGCCCAUUAGAAACCGAGGGAUCCAGGAGACGGAAAAUUCCUCAAUAUCUGAAAAUCCAAUUCCCUUCAAACUUUUAAAAUAUUGUAUUCAUUUUUAAGUGUCCUGGAGUGACUUGCGCAUAAUGGGCGUCUUGCAGCGUCUCAGCGUGACGUACCUGGUGGUUUCUGUCCUGGAAUUACUCUUUGCUAAGCCGACACCUGACGCUCUUCCUCAGGUUUGACUUUUCAACUUCAGAAGAACUUAUUUACCCUUUUCCAUAUCUACUGUGUUCAUGUGAAAUGGAUGUGUAGACUAAUAAUUAAAUGCUUCCUGACCAGGUAUUCUGGCAAUAUGAGACGUUCUCUCUCUCCAUAAUCAGUAUUCCACAAAAGUUAAUCUAACUUGACUUAUCCAACAAGCUUGGAAACAAGAUCUUGUUUAUAUCGUUUCUCUUUAGAACUGUUUCCCGUUGCAAGACUUGGUUCUGUUCUGGCCUCAGUGGGUUAUAAUUCUUACCCUAGAAGCAGCCUGGCUGUGUUUGACCUACUUGCUACCUGUCCCUGGUUGCCCAGCGUAAGUAAUUGUUUUAUGGAAUGGUUCCCUUGCAAUGGCAGCUAAAGUAUGGCCAUAAAUUCUUUAGAUUCCGUGAUCCCUACAGUAAAAAAAAUAAAAAAUAGAGCAGUAAUGGUUUAUUGCAAAUAAUCCUGAAUUUAGACAUCUAGAGCUCUUGCACUGGGGAAGCUUGAGGACUAGAGGGUUUAAAUUAUAUGCUCUGCUAUUUUUUUUUUUUUUUUUGUAUAAUCUCUGGGGACCAUUUGGGUUUCUAGAUAUUCAAAAUAAUCAAACCUUUAAAAUACUAAGAGAAUUAUAAAGCAUCAUUUGAUUCUACAUGCAGCAUGGAGUCCAUCAAUUCUCUACCACUUUUAAGUGUCCCUUAAAUAUGUCUACAAUAGAACGUGAAAUUCCAUAUGAAUAAUUGUACAAUUUAUACAUUUUCCGGAUGUUCAUGUAAAAAUUUUUUUUUUUGUAGAGGUUAUCUUGGUCCAGGUGGAAUUGGAGAUUUUGGCAAGUUUCCAAACUGCACAGGGGGAGCGGCUGGUUAUAUUGACCGUAUGGUCCUUGGCAAGGGACACAUCUAUCAACAUCCAUCUUCCAAUGUGAGUACCAUAUAGGGUUCAUGCCAUGUGGCUUAAAUGGGAUUAAGGGGAUGUGGAACUCCUUAAAUUGGGGGGAAUAAAUAUAUAUAAAGCUGCUGCAGCAAUUUCUUAAUUUUUAAAAUGUCAUCAAUACUUUGUAGUUUCCACUCUAAACAGACAUACUCUCUCUAAACUAUAUAAUUUUUUAAGGUGAUAUAUAAAACAACCAUGCCGUAUGAUCCUGAAGGAAUCCUGGGAACCAUUAAUUCUGUGGUCAUCGCUUUUUUGGGCCUACAGGUAAGUCCCACCUUCCCCCUGCAAACCCAGUACAUUAAAAUCCUAAGAAAGAAGUUACUUGCGCACUAUUCCAAAUCCCUAUGCACAUUAAGAAACAAAACAAAAAAAAAACCUGGAGUUUUUUUCUUUGGCAUCACUCAAUGGCCAUUCAAGUGUAAAAUCACCUGUCAUGUCAAGGCAAAACCGCUUGGAUGAGUCCUACAUUAAUAAUUCACCUUGAUGCAAAAUCUGAGAGAGAGGGGUAUCUUUCUAAACAUCUACACACUAAUUAUCCCUUAAUAGGGAAGACAUGGGGUGGAUGGCAGAACUGUAACACAGGGAACCAUGUGUACCCUAUUAUGGGGUAGAUAAGUGUCUAGAGGUUUAGAAAAAUACUCCUCUGACUGUGUGUUGUGGGGGGUUUUGUUUUUUUUGUUGUUUUUUUUUAGCUAAAAGCAGCAACAUGCAUUGUUAGUGUAGGACUUGCCUAAGAAGUUUUGCCUUGACGUGGCAGGUGAGAUUACACUUUAAUGGCAUUUGGAGUGAUACUGGAAAAACCUCCAGGUAGUUAAAUGCGCAGUCUCAAAUCCCUAUGCACAAGUAACCUUUUCAUUUUCUUUUGUAUGUAUUGGGGCUGAUGUGUACUAUAGUGAUUGCUGCUGCCUAGAGUAGUGGGUGUUUGAGCUCACGGCUUAAUUGUGUAUGUUAAACAAUGUACGUUGCAUUUGAACUAUUCGUUGCAAGUGGGGCAAAUUAAUACCCAUGGCCAUGGUGCCAUUUGACACUGGCAAACGCCCUGAUGCCUGGGCAUUGUCAAUGUCCAAAGAUGGGCUAGCCGUGGCUUCCUUUCCCAGCUGUACAGAUGGUUACAUGGCUUGAAGCACAGGUGUGGGGGUUUGUGUUUGAUCAGGACGCUACAUUAUGACCUUUAUAAAGCAUAAUGCCAUUUAAUUAUAUCACUUGGAUUGUGAACUAGCUUACGAGAUUAUUUUAUUGUGCCUUUCUUUUCAAAAUAUCCAAGAGAUGCCUUUUUUAUUGGGUAAUAAACUGUAGCUAUAAAUUUUAAUCCUUAUUGGCUUUUAUUUUAUUUUUUAUUUUUUUUGUAAUAGGCAGUGAUUUUGUUAGAAGCUGUGUCACCCCAAAAUUGCCUUUCUCAAAUAGUUGACUUUCCUCCUUCCUUUUGAUGAAUCUGCUUACUAAUUUUUUUUUAAUUAAAAUCUUCUUUCCCUUUUCUAUUUUCUCUUUGACGCUACAGCCCUAGCGUCUCUAGCACUGAAGGUGUACCAGUUCAGGCACGCUAUAGUCCGUUGGCUUCUUUUACCUAACCUGCUCCACUAAAUACCAGGACUUCGCUUUGGUAGUGUAUCCACUGUCAAUGCAGGAUAUACUGCACUGGUAUCGGUUACUAUAGGAUUAUCUGACAAUACUCUUAUUGGUAACUACUCUAUAGAGGACAGUGAAUAGCAAUAUCUCAUAGAAGAGACACACCAGCUUCUUCAUGGCAACUCAAAAAACUGUUUAUUUUAGAAAUAUCCUCAAUAGAUAUAUAGAUCACAGCAUACAGUAAAACCUAUUGUACAUAUAUUUAAAUCAGUGGGAAUACAGAACACUAAGGAAAGAAUUGGUUACAAAGUGAUUCAUUACACUAGCUUCAGCCUUUUCUCCCCUGUGCAAGUCCACCCUAAAAACAAAAGGGUAUCUUCAUUGACCAGGCAGCGAUCUAGACCCACUGUCCCUUCAGAGCAAUCUCUGACACACACAGAUGCUGUAGUAGGUAACAUGCAAUUAAAAGUAAAGGCUUGCCUGUUCAAACAUCAGGUGGUCACUUACAGAUCCUAAUUGAACGCUAACCUACAAUAUACAUUGCAAACCGUAUCUCGUAGCAUCCAUUCUCUUAGCCUGACAAAAUACCACGAGGUGGCAUCAAAAUGGCACGGUGAAUCUUGAGGAAACUCCACUGAUUUGUCACGUAGAAUAGUAAAACUUUGGUCUGGUGCCUCACGGGGUUCCCCAGAUGGCUAUUUGUUUAGGUAACCUUGCCCCCAUUAUAGGUGAGCGUUUGGGAAUGUCCGGUGUAAUCUGUGGGUUUGUGCAAACCGUUAUUUGAACUACCUGAAUAGCAAGGUUUCGUUGAUCUGCCUAUUGGGGUUUAUGCAAUUAGAUGAUGUGUUUAUUGUCCGGGUUUCUUACCCAUCUCCUUAUAAAUGCUUUCUAUCAUGAGUUACUGUAUGAUUCUUCAAAUGAUCUGCAAUGUAUUGGAUUGAGAGUGUUGCAAUAAAAUGAAUGUAAUGUGGAUAGUAGCUAGUUCUGAGUAUACAUUUAACUAUGGUGGUGGUAGUUACAUUGGAAACUGUGUCCUGUUUGAUUUUGUCUGGGGAUUCCAGUAGCGGAAUGUUUAGGCUCUGCUUGCUGGCUGCAGUAGUUGGAAGCAGGUCAGGCAGAGCAGUCAAUUCAUGCCUGUAAGGAGGAGACACCGGUAUAAGGGCCUGCGCACAAAGACCUGCUGAGGGAGAUGCAGCAUGACCCUGGUCUCUGUGAGAAAUCCUCUCUGUGGUGGCAUAUCAACAUUCCCGAUGGCAUUCUGUCAGUUCUCAUGCUUGCUACCAAUCUGCUGUCUCCUCCACUGUAAUCCCUACUUUUCCUCACAUAUAGUGGCAGUACUGUAACAGUAGGUUGUAUCUUCUUCAGUGGACAAGAAGUUUCCUCCCACCCCCCAAAUUUAAGUAAAAUAAUUACAGUGGUGGGGGUAGGGGGAGUGGAGAGGGUGCCAUCUACAGUCAUUUUAGUUGAGCUGAAUUUGCCGGUAGAUGGUGGCCAACUGUCAUUCAGUUUCAGAUAUCCGCCAUGUGGUUACAUCUUGCAGGCUAAGAUCCAGAUUACACUAAAGGCAAUUCAAAGACCUUGAUCCAUAUUGUGAACCACAGUUUAAUGAAGAACACCAUGUGGGUCACCCUAACACUGACCUAUUAUUCUCUUAUUAAAAAUAACUGCCUGUAUCCAUCCUGGUAUAACAUGUUUUCUGUCUGUAUAUCACUGCCUCCAGCCUUUUCUAACUGACCUUCUCUCUGUUGCAGGCUGGAAAAAUACUUGUGUUUUACAGAAAUCAGCACAAGCAGGUGGUAGGGCGGUUCUUUGCAUGGAGCAUCCUCCUGGUGAGUAGUGUGUGUGGUGUUUUCUUUAAUCCUCUCCAACACACCACCUUCCCCAUAUAAGUAACUCAAAAUCAGCUAUUCUAUAAAAAAAACAUUACAACAUGCACAGUACAAGAUUAACAUUUGUUUUGUUUGCACCUGCGCACAAUAAAACAAUACAUGGCCAUUACUUUUUUUUUUUUGCUUCUAUAUUUUAACGUAAAUGCUGGGCCGGUAGUAUGAUCUAUCCACGUGUACCAGGGUUAUUUUAAUACCAAACAGCACAGUGAUGUUAAUAUGGUCUACGUGGUCAACAUGGGAGAUUUAGAAACGGUCUUAAUCAUUAGUCUUUAAAAUCCACAUUGUUAGUCAACUUUUCAUAGGAGAUAUUGAUGCAAUCUUUAAGUUUGGAUUCAAAUAUUGUUGAAUGGGUAAGGCAGUGGCUGAGUGACAGGCAACAGAGGGUUGUAGUUAAUGGAAUAUAUUCGAAGCUUGGACUUGUCACCAGUGGGGUACCUCAGGGAUCUGUACUUGGACCCAUUCUCUUUAAUAUUUUUAUUAGUGAUAUUGCAGAAGGUCUUGAUGGUAAGGUAUGUCUUUUUGCUGAUGAUACUAAGAUAUGUAACAGGGUUGAUGUUCCAGGAGGGAUAAGCCAAAUGGCAAAUGAUUUAGGUAAACUAGAAAAAUGGUCAGAAUUGUGGCAACUGACAUUUAAUGUGGAUAAGUGCAAGAUAAUGCAUCUUGGACGUAAAAACCCAAGGGCAGAGUACAGAAUAUUUGAUAGAGUUCUAACCUCAACAUAUGAGGAAAGGGAUUUAGGGGUGAUUAUUUCUGAUGACUUAAAGGUAGGCAGACAAUGUAAUAGAGCAGCAGGAAAUGCUAGCAGAAUGCUUGGUUGUAUAGGGAGAGGUAUUAGCAGUAGAAAGAGGGAAGUGCUCAUGCCAUUGUACAGAACACUGGUGAGACCUCACUUGGAGUAUUGUACACAGUACUGGAGACCGUAUCUUCAGAAGGAUAUUGAUACCUUAGAGAGGGUUCAGAGAAGGGCUACUAAACUGGUUCAUGGAUUGCGGGAUAAAACUUACCAGGAAAGGUUAAAGGAUCUUAACAUGUAUAGCUUGGAGGAAAGACGAGACAGGGGGGAUAUGAUAGAAACAUUUAAAUAUAUAAAGGGAAUCAACACAGUAAAGGAGGAGACUAUAUUUAAAAGAAGGAAAACUACCACAACAAGAGGACAUAGUCUUAAAUUAGAGGGACAAAGGUUUAAAAAUAAUAUCAGGAAGUAUUACUUUACUGAGAGGGUAGUGGAUGCAUGGAAUAGCCUUCCAGCUGAAGUGGUAGAGGUUAACACAGUAAAGGAGUUUAAGCAUGCGUGGGAUAGGCAUAAGGCUAUCCUAACUAUAAGAUAAGACUAGGGACUAAUGAAAGUAUUUAGAAAAUUGGGCAGACUAGAUGAGCCGAAUGGUUCUUAUCUGCCGUCACAUUCUAUGUUUCUCCCACCUUCACCACAUGGCUGUGGUCCAUACUUUUUAAAGAAACACUCAGAGUACCACAGCCACUGUAGCGAUGUAGUGGCUAUGGUGCUAGGAAUGUCCAGGGUGUAAUUACCCGGGUGCUCUCAGACCGUACGCAGAGCUGUGACCCAGAUAAAUUGUCAAACUGUCAUAAAGCGGUAGAACUACUCUCUCUGAGACGGUGCCAGGGCACAUGUGGCACCAUAACUACUACAGCGCUCUGUAGUGGUUAUGGUGCUUUUGUUCCUUUUUGCUCUAUUCUUUCCAUUUUCAAAAGCCUGAGAAGGGGUAUUAAAAUGUUUAAAUACAAAGCCAAUUUAAUUUUUUUUUAUUUUUAUUUUUUUUGUAGGGGGUUGUUUCGGCAGUCUUAACAAAAUGUUCAAAAAACGAAGGUUUUAUUCCAGUCAAUAAAAACCUGUGGUAAGUUCAUCCCACUGUCACUGGAGCCUGUAUGAACCAGCAAAUGAUGCUCACUGUUCCAUAUUAAAAUAAGUUAUGAUUGCCUUUAGUCAUGUGGCCGUGUUUAAAUUUUUUAUUUUUAUUUUUGGUGGGGGAGCCCAGUCAGAAAUGGCUGAUAUGAACAACAUAUUCAUCAAACAAGAAAUGUAACUGAUAACUCUCACUUUAUGGGCACAAUUGUAUAUCAGUUUGUGUGAAGUGUGUCCUUCCGUUUUACAAAAAGUAUAGAUUGCAUUAGAAACUGGCCCUCUUAUAAAUGAACCUUUUUGCACCCCCUGGCUGUCCUAAAGCUGGUCCUAGGAUUUCAUUAGCUUAGUGGAGCUUGCCCAGAGCACCUGCCUAGCAAAGACUUUUCAUUGAGCUGCAUUGAGAGAUCUGUGAUUGGACAGCCACAAAGUCUGGGCAGUGUUAGAAGGGGAGGGCUUGCAAAGGCAACAGACAAGAGCUCUGCAGGUUUGCGCUAUACCUUGAUAAAAAGAUGCAUACACUUUUUUUUUUUUUUUUUUUCAUUGGGUUAUAUCUACUAAUGUAAACUGGGUUGGGCAUGAAGCAGCCAAAAACUAAUCACCGCUCAAACAUCAGAAAUAAGUACAAUUCUAGAUAUUAAUGUUUGGGAACAGCAAUCUGGGUGAGAUUUUAUUUUUAAUUCUAUUUUUCUCCUUCAGGUCUGUUUCCUAUGUAACAACUCUGAGCAGUUUUGCCUUCUUUCUGUUGCUGCUCAUAUAUUUCCUUGUGGAUGUAAAGAAGCUUUGGUCAGGAGCCCCAUUUUAUUAUCCUGGUAAGAAUACUGCCCUCUGCUUAGCUGCUCGGGUCUAGACCAACAAGCCAGCUUUUACAAGAAGUCACCACAGGGGGCACUAGUGGUGUCUGGUAUCCCUUUCAACCAGAUCUCCUCUAAAAUACCAUAAUAUUUUUUUAAUUUCACUUGUUUUAUGGAACCAGUCUUAAGAACUUAUAAUGCUCUAAAAUUAUUUCCAUCCAACAUUUUAUGCUAAAAUAAAAAGCAGUGUUAAAAGGGCCGUAUUUGAAGGUUCUCUUUUGUCGCUUCAUUGAAAAGAUUAGCAAAGCUCCUUCUAGAAGGUUCGGAAACGAGGGCAUCUUUAGCAAUGGAAGUUUAGUUGAUGUCAUGGUCUUCAAACAGGACAGUUACACAACAUCUUUUACCUUUUUAUGUGUACCUCUAUGUUGCCAUAACUUAAUUGGCCUUCUUUACUGUACAAGGUUUUAAAAAUAGGAAAUUAAAUUAAAUGGAACCAGAGUACUCAAGACUUUCAACAUAAAUAAAAUCACUCUGUCAGGGAACAAAAUAAUGCAAACAUAAGACACAUGCACAGCAGUCAACGUAAUCUUUCAAUCCAUUGCUUUUUGUGAAGAGGUAGUGGAUACAAACCCAGUGUCUGCAUAUUUUGCUGACUUUGAUUCAAUAACAGGGUCUAGUUUUACAUACAUUUUAGUCUACAGCCCCUAGUAGUUCAGCCCACCAUAGGGGAUUGUUAUUUAGUCUCCCUUUUUAAGCAUAAUUCUAUAUUUUUAUUUUUUCAUUCAGGAAUGAACUCUAUUCUAGUCUAUGUGGGUCACGAAGUUUUUGAAGAUUACUUUCCGUUUAAGUGGAAAAUGCAGGACAUUUAUUCUCACGGAGAACAUCUGGCCCAAAAUCUGCUGGCUACUUCUAUCUGGGUGCUUAUAGCCUACAUCCUCUACAGAAAAAAGAUAUUUUGGAAGAUAUGACAUCGUCUCAGUGUCAAAAAGGAAGUAACCACUGGAAGUGCCAUUCCCUGCUGGGAGUUUAUUGAUUUUUUUUUUUUUAAAUGGGUUAUAGUGAGACCGAGGAUACAAUUAUUUUGUUUUUCUUUCAGCCCAUAUGUAGCUCAUUGACUCAGUAUUUUAAACGUAAAGGGACUUUUUUUUAAUAUACUUUUUUAAUUUUCUUUAUAUAGAUAUGUGCUAUGAUUGUUCUAAUGUUUAAACUUUUAUGAAUACGUACGAAUAAUGCGAACACUAAAGUUGCAAUAUAUUACUAUCCCCAUAUAUACCAUGGUGUUUUCUUUCAAAAAAAAAAAAAAUGUAAAUGUGCAUUUUAUUAGUUCUGUAUGCAGAAUACAACUAUGCAUUAGAUAUUGUAUAUCAUUUUUAAUAUUUUUUCAAAUUGCCUGUUGAUGUACUAUAUCUUAAAAGUUAUUCCAAAAAAAGUCGUCAUUACAAUGUUUGCACUCGCGUCUCACCAAUUCGCUUAACCUAUAUAUCACAUUUUAUAUACGUUCUUACAGAAAGCACUGAUCCUAAAUAUGUCCUCUCCCACCAGUUGUUUAUCAUGACCUAUGUUAUGAUUUAAAUACUAACAUGUUAUCAUUUUGAUAGGUUUCAACAAAGUAAAACUUCACCAAUGCAGGAAGAUGACGAAGACUAACAAAGUUUAGAGGGUGUAACUUUAAGUUUUUUAGUAAAGGUCAAAUGUUAACUAAAAUAGGUGCCAAUUCGAAACUGGAACGCUUUAUAUUUGACCAAAAUUUUAUAUUUGAUCAAAUUAGUAAUUGUGCAACUGAACGACUUUUUUUCAGUUUUAUCUGUAUUUUGUUUAAUAAACCCUUUAAACUCCAA